AUGACUGCGAUCGCGAGGAACAACGCAUUCGGAGCAGGCAGUCCCAGUUGGAAUCUGUCGUUUCCAGACGGCAAUCUCACAGCGGCCGAGAUUCUUGCCUACCUCCCACAUUGGCUCAAAUCAGUGGAUGUUAUUCUCAGGCUCGUCAACCAUGGCGGCAGAUCUGUUACAAUCACCCACUUGCUCAACAAGUACAGAAAGAUGCCCACUGGUGGCUUCCAGCCAAACUCCACCACAGUCAUGAUGCAGUACGCUAUGCGUCGUGCUCGCAAUGAGGCCUGGGCAAUUGGAACGCGAGGUAACUUUAACAACGACCGUGACUACGACGAAAACAGUGUGUACGUGGGCGACUUCAGGCCACCGCGCUUGACUCACCCCAAGAGCGCGUCCACCAAGCAGAAAGCGAAGAAGGAGCUUCUAGCUCGCAACUGCGCAGCUAAUCCGAUCCCGUUCAAGGAUCUCGCCCUUCACGUCAAGGAGCAUCCUUCUGGCGACGAUGCACUUGACCUGACUCGCUGUGUCCGCUACGCUCUCAAGCACCCGAAAGAGAAGUGGCUAUUCCCUACCGACUUUGUAGAGUUGGUGCAGCACAUUGGCGGCCCACUUAUCGUCACUCACUCUCACUUCGACAGGCAGCUCUUCGGGCGUUACGAUCACCUCUACGGCCAACACGAUCCUUCACGUCCACCUGCCAACUGGAAUAGGACAAGGGGAAAGCGCAAGCAAAACACUGACGAGACCGAGACCAAGACCAACAGGGCCAGCAACGACGAGCUCGGUAUCGCCAGUGAGAGUGACAUCGAGAUAGAGGGCAAGAACAACGGCAAGAAGGCUAUCACGAGCAACCCCAAGCCGAGGAGGCGAGUUGUGCGUCGAGCUCAAGGCAGCGCAAUGGCAGCCACUACGCAGGUCGACGGUAGCCACGAUGAUGGUGGUAUGAGGAGGAGCGGCCGCCGUGUUAAGAAGGCACCCGUCUAUACCGACAAAGACGGGGAUGCCACAGACAUCGAAUCAUUCGAGGCUGACUACACCACACCCCACAAGAAGCGCAGAGUAGCUCGCAUCUUACGCACGCCCAAAGACGAGGAGAGCGACUUCGAGGCCAAGGAGGAGCUCGAAUCUGAAGACGAGAUCCUUCCCGCCCUCGAUGAGGCCGACAAGGAGGACUUCGGCACCCCGACUGCUGCGCGCGGCAAGCGCCUCGCUUCUCGCAAAGCGCGCCAGACUAUCCAAGAGCAGUCGCCCGCCGUCAUCAUGGAGCAGUUCCGCACAGCUCACACUGCCGCCAAGCCCACGCACAGAACCUUCAUAGAUCACGACCCUGAUAUGAUGGUUGCAGCUCGUGCGUGGGAGACCCGCAAGCCGAUGUUCGUCCCUCCUCCCUUACUCUCUGAGGAUCGCCUGGUCAUCGAUGCGUUCACGCUGUGUCUUUACGCACAGGAGGGUUGUCGUAACGAGGAUGAGAUGUGGGCCUCUGCACUGUCGUUCUACCGCUUCGGCGGUCCACGCCGCCACGCCCCGUUCCGUGAGCUGUACCGGCUUACCGAGCCUUACGUGUGGGAUACCAGUGACUGGGCAGAGAAUGUUCGUUGGGCCAAGGAGCAGUACAAGCACUUCGGUGUCAAGACCUGGACCGAGUAUGACUACCACCUCGAGUAUAUCCAGCAGGUGAGGAUGCAGACGCUUUGGGUCAGCGAGGAGGUUGUCCACAUGGGUAUGUGGUAA